GAGUGGGUUCUUGAGGGGAAUCCCCGCUCGUCACUGGGCGGGGUCAGCGGGAGGGAGUCACCCGCGUCCCGGCGUCCGGGUUUCCGCCGAGCUCGGGAGUAGCCCGGAAAGGCGGAAGCUGCUUUUCUUACGUUCCUCAAUCCCUGGGCCCGUGAGCCGCAGCUGUGUGAGGCCGGCCUCCGGCCGAAGCUGGUCUCAUCAUGGCCGGGGGAUUCGAGCUCGCGCCGGCGUUUGGCGGCCCGCGGGUGGCCUUGUCGCCCGGGGAGACGGUGAUAGGACGCGGGCCGCUGCUGGGUAUAACAGACAAAAGAAUAUCAAGAAGACAUGCUAUCCUAGAGGUGGUGGGUGAUCAACUUAGAAUUAAACCGACCCAUAUAAAUCCUUGUUUUUAUCAGUCUUCUGAAAAGAGCCAGCUAUUGCCAUUGGAGAAAAAUAAAUGGCAUUGGUUGAAUCCUGGAGAUAGUUUUUCCUUAUUAGUUGACAAAUACAUUUUCCAUGUUUUCUCUACACGUUCUGAAGUGGAAUGUACUUUACGAAAUAGUCAGAUGCUUGAUGAAGAUGCUCUACUCAAUGAAUCACCAACAUCUCCUGUAAAUAGCUUUCCUGCUACUAUUGAAUGUGCUAAUUCUCCAGCGGAGCCACCAUCACACUGUAUCAGACAUAAUUCAAACCAGUGCUCAGAGCUGGAGGAAACCACAGAAGUAGCCGUGCCAGCCACUAUACCCCAGAAUAAUUUGCUUCUUCCUGCAAAAUAUAGAAACAGUAGUGAGCAACUAAACUCUGUCCAGAGGAAACGAAUCCUCCCAUCCUGGAUGGUUCAGGGAGAUCUAAAUGUUCAAAACCUUGAGCUACCAUUUGCCCAGGAAGAUAAUGGAAUAGCAAAAGGAAGACUCUGCAUGUAUCCAACAUCAUCAAAAAGAAAAAAAAGAUUGUCAACCUCAGAAAAUUCAGAAAACAUUGAAGCAGAACAAGACCCAAGGAAAGAGUGCAGGGUUACUGAUCAGGAAGACUGUCCCAGUUCAUCAAAGGAAGUGAGUGGAUCAUCCAUUGUAACAGGUUUAAGUAAAAUAGAAAUGACUAAGGCCAAGUCCAAAAGAUCUGAAAUCCCAGGAGAGCAUAUCGAUGAAAAUCUCCAUGAUGAGGACUGUGAAUAUAGAACAUCUCCUAGAGGCAAAAGAAAUAAAAUGGAUGAAUAUGAAAAACAUGUGUCCAUGGAAUGUUCUGGGAAUCCCAAGAGUCACCAAGAUGACUUAUUCCAGAAUAAGGACCCAGGGCUUGGCCCAGAACUGAGCUCUGAUCCUGAAGCUUCGAGUUCAACUGAAAGUAAAGCUGUUCCACAAGAUUCUGGGGAAAAUCAUCCCAGUAGAACACCUUGCAUUUAUGGAGCAAGUUGCUACAGGAAGAACCCUGUCCAUUUUCAACAAUUCAGCCACCCUGGUGAUAGAGAUUAUGGAGAUGCACAAGUUAUGAAUAGAGAAGAGGAUGACAACAGACCUGAAUGCCCAUAUGGAGCUUCUUGUUAUAGGAAGAAUCCUCAACACAAGAUAGAAUAUAAGCAUAGUGAACCAUCAGAGAUGAAAACCAAAAGAUCCAGACACAAAGCUACUAAGAAAGGUGCAAGUGUUUUGGAUGAAGAUAGUGAUAAUGACGGCCAACCGAAUGAGUAUGAUUUGAAUGACAGCUUUUUAGAUGAUGAAGAAGAAGAGUAUGAACCAACAGAUGAGGAUUCUGACUGGGAGCCACCAAAUGAAGACCAAGAAGGUGAAGAUAUUGAAGAGCUUUUGAAAGAAGCAAAAAAGUUCAUGAAAAGAAACAAAUAACUCCUCCUCCAGUAAUAUGCAAUAUUACAUAUUAAGUUGAUUUUCUUUAAAAGAUAAGACAUCCAGGGUUGAGGUUCCUGGGAAGUAAUUGUUUUCCUACCUUUUGUAGUUUUAAUUUUUAUCUUGCCCUUUUGAACAUAUAAAAGUUUAAGCUUUCAGGAUCAUGGAAUAGCUACUGAGCAAUCAUGCUUUUGUUUGUAAAAAUAAAUUUAAUUUAAUUGUCUUGACUUUUAAAUUUUGUUCCUAAAUGUUCAAGAGAGAACUCAGUUAAGUAGCAACCUUUUUUCUCAUCUUCUUUUCUUCUGGUAAUAAAAAGUGAAAAAUAAUUAAACUUAGAGAGUCUGCUUUUGUCCAGACUGGUUUUUCAUUGACCAGCAAUUUUGUCUUUAGAGGGAAAAAAAUAUGCUAUGCAAGUACAUUCAAAAAAUUCUGUCAUUAGUAAGGAAGUAGAAAUCUUUCUUGGUUAUCAUAGUUCUUUUAAACUGAACCAGAUUUUUUUUUAAAUGAUAGCCUUUACAUAAUGGUUAUACUUAAAAAAAAUAGUCUGAGAGUGACCACUGCAAUUUUUUAGACUAUUUUCGCUCUUAAGAACUUGGAAAAAAUCAGUGAAAAUGGAUCCUGACAAUGAUGAACAUAAGUGUUGACUGUGCAGGGAUGCUAUUUUAUGCCCCACAUCAUGUUACUGUAAUUUUUGGCUUUUCUUAGUUUAAAUGUGGAAAAGCUUGAUAGCUUUAUGUGAAAUUGUAGUCUCAGGGAAUAAUUUUUAACUCUGAAGCAGCUUUCUUUUACAUUAAGAAUAUGGAAAUAAUUGGGACAAUUACUCAUGUUCUCCUGAUUGGCUGUGGCUCAAGAUAAAAAUUACAGGUCAUGGGUUGGUACCUUUUUAGCUGGUGAAAAUAGUUUAUUUCCCAGAGACAUAAUUGGGGGACACUCAUCAGAUUGAAUAAAAAUCACUUUAAAAAUUAUGAUGUUUACAUUUUAGCUUAAUUUGUAUCAAAAACAGGUCUUAGGGAAAUAGGAUACUACAUAUGUGAAGGAAAGGAGGUCUCCUCUUUUACUCAUACUUCUCAGGAACAAUCGAGUAUGUAUGUGUCAGAGGGACAGAUGGGGCAGCAAUGGAAAUCAUGACUCUCUAGAUCAAAAAGUAUCUUUGUGAAGCUAAACCAUAGUACUAUUCUAUUCAUAUUCAUUUUUCAAAAGUUACCAUUAGUAACUUUUUACCGUUAGUAACCGUUAGUGUUGGACUAAUAUUUUAAAAAAUUUUCUCCAGGUAAUUGCGUAGUACUUAAAUUGUGCAGUACUUAUGAGAAAUGAACUUACUUUCCCUAGGCAUAAGAACUUAACUAUUCUUAUUUUGUAUUUUGUGGGGUUUUGGUCCACAAUCUGUUAUUUGGUUACUGUAAAGAAAUUGUGAUAUGGAAACUCCUGCAUAUUCAGAUAGUCAACUCUUCUGUAACUGAGAAUCCUUGAGAGUUGCCUACGGCACUGGGACUGAGGCACAGUUUGGGCCCAGAUCUUCACUAGGCCAAGGUGUGACCAGAAUGGCCUUUGUUUUCUUUGGGUGGCUCAGUUUAUCUCAUUGGGCC